CUCCUGCAGUUAUCCCAAGAAAACACUCAAAGUAUCUCAAAGUUGUAGUGCCUCCAAAUGAAAAAACUGCCAACACUAUUCCCACAGUAAAUGGAGGAGACAGAGUGAAAACAGAUACACAUCUGAUCCAUAGAGAGAGAGAAGUUUUACUGUUCAGUCGGUUCCCGCCUCCUCCUUGCCCACCUUACCCUGUUACAUUGGUGCCAAAACACGGGAGGGAGGAGGGAUGCGCUGUCGUGGAGUCCUCGCCACUGCCGUCCGCCAGGGGAGGAGCCGUGGCCGUCCGCCGGAUGACGGAGGAGUCGCUGCCGACCACCGGGAGUCAGAAGAACCACUGACAUCUGCCAGGAAGGGAAGGAGCCAUUCUGUCUGCCAGGGGUCAGAGGACUCGCUGCCAUCCGCCCAGUGAGGAGUGGCUAUCGUCCACCAGAGGGCGGAGGUGUGGCUGAGGACCAGGUGACGGCGUGUCCAGGGACCGGCAAAAGAGUUUUUCUCUCUCGCUCCUCUAUCUCUGUUGCCCUGCCUCGCUCUUUUCCUCUUCCCUCUCCCUCCCCUCAUCUCUCCCAGGGCUCCAGAAAGGUGGGGAAGACCUGCCAGAAGGGCAACACCCCCCCCCCCCCCCAGGAUGGGAAGGGAGGGGAGGGGAGUACGUCAUGUCGGAGGUUUCCCCAGCCUGAGUCAGGCGAUGGAGGAGUGUGACGAGGAGGAGGGAGGGGCCAGGCUGUGGGGACACAUGCCCGGCCCUGAAUUUGGCUAAUCAGCCGGGAGGUGGAUAAAGACGAGCCGGAGUUGCCAGUUCGAGAGAGAGAGCCAUAUGCGGCUGCUGUGUGUGUCUGUGUGUUUGAGUUUAAGUUGAUUUGAGAUAAUUUAUGUUAUUAAAACUUACAUUGACUGUUCAGCUGGUUCCCGCCUCCUCCUUGCCCACCAUUCCUUGUUACAGACUGUAAAAAUGGAGCAGCAUUGUAGUAUUUUUCAUCUCUCUAUGUCAGGAGUUGGUGAAUCACUGUUUUGCUGAUGUGGAGCAUUUUAUGGCAAGACUGCAGCAGACGGCAGAGGCUCAGAGCGCUCUAGCGCAACGAAGCAAGAAAAAGAGUCACAAGAAGAGCAGCAAGAAGAAGAAAGAGCCGGAUGAUGAUGUUCUGACACAAAAGGCAGCCCCUCCGUCGGAACAAGAGUUUGUGGAUAUUUUUCAGAAGAUUAAAUAUUCUCUUUGUCUAUUGGACCGGCUGAAGACAGAAAUAUCAGAGCCCACCUCAGAAGAGCUCUUGCACCAUGUCUUCAUUCCUUUGGAUUUGAUGGUGAAGACCACAGGUCCUAAGUUGGCAGCAACAGUCUCCAGCCCCGCUUUUACUAGUGGAGCAAUCUCACUAGUACAGAACAACCUUAAUGACAAAGAGAAACCACUCUGGACCUCACUUGGGCCUUACUGGAAUCUGCCAUACUCUCAACUCAGUGAAACUGUGCCUCAAUACACUCCUGUCUUUCUGGAUGGUUGGCAGCCUAAGGCUGUAGAUCCAUAUGGACAACUAAUCGAGGAUCCCAUAGAGUCACAGCACAAACAUGAAGCCCUUAUACAGGCGCAAGUAGAUACUCACCAGGAACAUGAAGGGAUGGAAAACUCAAUGCCUCCUCAAGAAGAAAGGUUGUACCGUUGCAGUUAUGACUUUGUGGCACGAAACAAUAGCGAGCUCUCAGUACUACAGGGAGAAACCCUGGAGGUGUUAGAGUCAUCUAAGCGAUGGUGGAAAUGUAGGAAUAAUUACGGCCAAAUUGGUUUCAUUCCAUAUAAUAUCCUUGAGCCGAACAAUCACACAGAAGUUGACUCCUCUAACGUAGUAAUGCGGCAUCAGUCUAUGAAAGCUCCUAUCUCUCCCCCGAGAGGUGGAAGAUUCUCCUAUGUUGCACCCAAUCACUCAGGUGGAAGUGCAAUCCACCUUGAUCCCCGCCCUCACAGUAUGCCAUCAAUUAGUGACAAUGGAGACAGAGCAAUAAAGGUGAACGAUGAACUCAUGCAGCGAUUGGCCAAUGGCAGAACAGCAUCAACACGCCCAGUGGUAAUUAAUAAAGCAAAUGAGACAACCACACCGCUGGACUAUCACUCUCCUCCAGCUGAGGUUCAGGAGUGGCUCAGAGCCAAAGGCUUCAAUGAUUUCACUGUGCAGAGUCUGGGUGUCCUAACAGGAGCUCAGCUCUUCUCUCUGAAUAAAGAGGAGCUGCGUGCUGUUUCUCCAGAGGAGGGCAUUAGAGUCUACAGCCAGAUCAUGGUGCAGAAAGCCCUGCUGGAGGAUGUGCAGAAGGCCACUGAGUUGGAGGCCAUCAUGAAGAAACAGAAGAUGAAAGUUGAUUUGAAAGCAGAAGAUGGAGACUUUUAAUCAAACUCCAGUUCUCUCAUUCACUCACUUAUUCAGACAAACACAUUUGUUACUGCUUUAAUAGAUGGGUGCGGCAUGAAUCAAAAUCUUGUUUACCAUCAUGAUCUUUGUUGUUUUUAAUCUCAUUGAUAGAAUAUAUAUUUCAUCAUUACUGCUUAACCUGUCAUAUAGACAACAAACCCUGUAUAUUCCUUUAUGAUUUGUUGUUUAUUAAUUAAAAAAACA